AUGGCUGCGACCAAGCUGAAGCGCCCGGCUGAGGUCGUGACCUUUGGGGAUGUUGCUGUGAAUUUCUCCAGGGCAGAAUGGCUUCUCCUUGAUGAGGCUCAGAGACGCCUGUACUUCGACGUCAUGAUGGAAAACUAUGCUCUUAUAUCAUCUCUGGGUUGCUGCUGUGAAGCAGAGCAUGUGGAGGCACCCACUGAACAGAAUAUUACUGUAAGAGUCUCAAAGGCUGUGAAUCUGAAGUCAUCUCUGUCUUCCCAGAAAAGCCACCCAUGUGAGAGUUGUGGGAGUGUCUUGAGAGACAUUUUCCUCUUGCUUAACCAGCAAGGAACCCAACAAGUCCCAACUCUGCUGAGGUGUGGGGCAUGUGCAAAACCAUUUUAUUUCAGUGCACAGAGUCACCAGCAGGGCACAACACGGAAUGGUUUCAUAAGCAGUGUGGACAAGGUCUCCCUUGAAAACAGCUGCAAUUCCGAUGUGUCGUGGGAGCCUUGUACGUCCAGUCAGGUUGCAAAUCGCUUCCUCAUCACCUCCAGACAUCUUGAACAAUUGGCUGCUUACACCAUGAACAGGGGAAAUGAAAUCUUUAUGUCUGGAAUGGCUUUUCAAACUCCAAGCGAUUACACUGCAAGACAACACAAGAAAGUCAGCAGCUGUGAGGACAGACUUGUCGAAGACCGUAGUUCCCUAACUAGAAGACAGUGUUUUUUGUGUUGUGAAUGUGGAAAGUCUUUUUCCAGAAUUUCUGCCCUCCGUGUUCAUCAGAGAGUUCACACAGGAGAAAGGCCUUACAAGUGCAGUACCUGUGGGAAAUCUUAUAUUCGCAGCUCUGACCUCCGUAAACAUGAGAAAGUUCACUCUGCAGAAAGGCCAUUUGUGUGCACUAAAUGUGGGAAGUCUUUUAGGCAAAAAAGUGUCUUUAAUUCUCACCAGAGAGUUCAUACUGGAGAAAGGCCUUUUAAGUGUGGUGAAUGUGGAAAAUCUUUCACCAGUAAACCUGUCCUCCUUUUUCAUCAGAGAGUUCACACUGGAGAAAGGCCUUAUGUCUGUAGCCUCCGGUAUCAUCAGAGAAUUCAUACUGGAGAAAGGCCUUAUGUGUGUGGUCAGUGUGGGAAAUCUUUUUCCCAAAACUUUACCCUCCAUCGUCAUCAGAAAAUUCACACUGGAGAAAAGCCUCAUAAGUGUAAUGAAUGUGGUAAAUCUUUUACCCACAGAUCUGACCUUCGUAAACAUCACAGAGUUCACACUGGGGAAAGGCCUUACAAGUGUAGUAAAUUCUUUCUGGUGGUGGGAGCUCCCCACAACAAUACACCUCUUGCAAAAGAUCUCCUUCAUCCAUCUCCAGAAGAAGAGAAGAGGAAACAAAGGUAGCACCUGGUACAGAGCUUCAAUUCCUACAUCAUGAAUGUGAAAUCUGGAUACUAUAAAAUCACCACCAUCUUUAGCCAUGUGCAAACGAUGUUUUUGUGUGUUGUUUUCUCCAUUGCCCUCUCUCAGCCUACAGUAAGAAAAGCAAAGCUUACAGAAGGAUGCUGCUUCAGAUGAAAGCAGAACUAA